GUUACAGAAACAGGGAUCUGAACCAAGUAAAAGUCACUUUCUCACUUACUCAAAAUUCUCAGUAAUCUCCACCGUACAUUUCUCCACGUCAUCAUCAUCAUACUCCAAGAUCCAUAUCCAACGGUUAAAACUCCUCUCUCAUCAUAUUGCUUCAACAGAAAAUAGAAACUCACGGUCCGAAGCUCAAGUACAGCUGUUAGCUCGAGAUUCCGAGCCGAUUGUUAAGCCGGCUUUGUGGGUCCCAUGAUAACUUCACUUUCUUAUAAAAUUACACUAGCGUAUCAUAUAGCUUAUAAAAAAUGCGAUAAGCUAUGCUGAUAAGUAAUUCUACAUAUCACCUCUUCAAUCUGUCGCCUCCUAUAAAAAAACCCACCUAUUUCUGCAAGUUCAAAUGUCCCCUUCUUUCUCUCUCUCUCUCUCUUAUUUAUAUAUAUAUAGAUUUAGAGGAGUUUUUAGAGAGAGAAAGAGUAGAUUAGUUCAUAAAUUUGAGGAGAGAGAAAGUGUUUUUAAGAGAAUCAAGUUUUGGUCUUUUUGGGUGACUUUGUGUUGUGGGUUUGGUUCCAUAUUCGGAGUCUCCUUUGUUGUUGUUGUUGUUGGUGUUAUUCUCAUCUCAUGUGUGUUAUGUUCGGUCUUUGAAGCCAAGAUCUAGUUCACUGUUGCAGAUUUUAGUGUGGUUAAGAUGUCAUCUCUGAGUAGAGAAUUGGUGUUCUUGAUCUUGCAGUUUCUGGAUGAGGAAAAGUUCAAGGAAACUGUUCACAAGCUUGAGCAGGAGUCUGGAUUUUUCUUUAACAUGAAAUAUUUUGAGGAUGAAGUGCAUAAUGGGAAUUGGGAUGAAGUUGAAAAGUACUUAUCUGGUUUCACAAAAGUAGAUGAUAAUAGGUAUUCUAUGAAGAUAUUUUUUGAGAUAAGAAAGCAAAAGUAUCUUGAGGCAUUGGAUAAGCAUGAUCGGUCGAAGGCUGUAGAGAUAUUAGUGAAGGAUUUGAAAGUGUUUGCUACAUUUAACGAAGAACUGUUCAAGGAAAUCACACAGCUUUUGACAUUGGAGAAUUUUAGGGAAAACGAACAGUUGUCUAAGUAUGGUGAUACUAAGUCUGCGCGGGCAAUCAUGUUGGUUGAGCUUAAGAAGCUGAUUGAAGCAAAUCCCUUAUUUCGCGACAAAUUGCAGUUUCCUAACCUUAAAAACUCGAGGUUGAGGACACUCAUCAAUCAAAGCUUGAAUUGGCAACAUCAACUUUGUAAGAAUCCACGUCCAAAUCCUGAUAUAAAAACUCUUUUUGUGGAUCACUCAUGCGGACAACCAAAUGGUGCACGAGCUCCUUCACCUGCCAACAAUCCACUAUUAGGAUCCUUACCAAAGGCUGGUGGAUUUCCUCCUCUUGGUGCUCAUGGGCCUUUCCAACCUACUCCGGCACCAGUGCCAACCCAGCUCGCCGGUUGGAUGUCAAAUCCUACCCCUGUAGCACAUGCUGCAGUUUCUGGUGGAGGAACUAUAGGUCUUGGUGCUCCAUCAAUGCCUGGUGCUUUGAAGCAUCCUCGGACGCCUCCACCUAAUCUUUCUGUUGACUAUCCAUCGGGAGACUCAGAUCAUGUUGCUAAGAGAACAAGGCCAAUGGGAAUAACAGAUGAGGUAAAUCUACCUGUCAAUGUGUUGUCGGCACCAUUCCCAGGGCAUGGUCAUAGUCAGGCUUUUAAUGCACCUGAUGACUUGCCGCUACCAAAGACUGUCAUGCGAACUCUGAAUCAGGGCUCAUCUCCUAUGAGCAUGGACUUCCAUCCAGUUCAACAAUCUUUACUUCUAGUUGGUACAAAUGUGGGGGACAUUGCAUUAUGGGAGGUGGGUUCUAGGGAGCGGUUGGUCUCGAGGAACUUCAAAGUUUGGGAUCUUAGUGCAUGUUCAAUGCCAUUUCAGGCUGCUCUUGUCAAAGAUCCAAGCGUUUCUGUUAACCGUGUGAUUUGGAGUCCUGAUGGCGCUUUAUUUGGAGUUGCAUAUUCGAGGCACAUUGUUCAAAUAUACUCUUAUCAUGGUGGGGAGGAAGUUCGGCAGCACUUGGAGAUUGAUGCUCAUGUUGGCGGAGUAAAUGAUCUAGCAUUUUCCCACCCGAAUAAGCAACUGUGUGUGAUAACUUGUGGUGAUGAUAAGACCAUUAAGGUGUGGGAUGCUGCUUCGGGAACAAAGCAGUAUACAUUUGAAGGUCACGAGGCUCCAGUUUAUUCAGUCUGUCCGCAUUACAAAGAAAACAUUCAGUUCAUCUUUUCAACAGCGCUAGACGGAAAAAUAAAAGCAUGGUUGUAUGACAAUUUGGGAUCUCGUGUUGAUUAUGAUGCUCCUGGUCGAUGGUGCACAACUAUGGCUUAUAGUGCUGACGGUACAAGGCUCUUUUCAUGUGGAACAAGCAAAGAUGGAGAAUCCUCUAUUGUGGAGUGGAAUGAGAGUGAAGGAGCUGUGAAAAGGACUUAUCAAGGAUUUCGUAAACGGUCUUCAGGCGUUGUGCAAUUUGAUACUACUAAAAAUCGAUUUUUGACUGCUGGCGACGAUUUCUCGAUUAAAUUUUGGGAUAUGGAUAAUAUUCAGCUUUUGACAACCGUUGAUGCUGAUGGGGGUCUUCCUGCAAGUCCACGUAUUCGUUUCAACAAGGAGGGAACUCUUCUAGCCGUCUCAGCAAAUGAUAAUGGAAUCAAAAUUAUAGCCAAUGCUGAGGGUAUCCGUUUAUUGCGUACAUUAGAGAAUUCUAUGUACGAUGCAUCAAGAGCAUCAGAAUUAGCAAAGCCUACUAUAAAUUCAAUGUCUUCUGCUGCCGCUGCAACUAGUGCUGCCCUAGCUGAGAGAGCUUCAUCCGCAGCGGCUAUUGCUGGAAUGAAUGGCGACGCUCGAAACAUGGGCGAUGUUAAACCUAGAAUAACCGAAGAAUCCAAUGACAAGUCAAAGAUAUGGAAGCUCACUGAAAUCAACGAACCAUCUCAUUGUAGAUCCUUGAAGCUGCCAGAGAAUGUUAGAGUAAACAAGAUUUCGAGGUUGAUCUAUACAAAUUCAGGUAAUGCUAUUCUAGCGUUGGCAUCAAAUGCCAUUCACCUUCUCUGGAAAUGGCCGCGAAAUGAUCGUAAUUCAUCUGGCAAGGCCAAUGCCUCUGUGCAACCUCAGUUAUGGCAACCAUCGAGUGGCAUCCUGAUGACUAAUGACAUCGCUGAUAGCAAUCCUGAAGAUUCUGUUCCCUGCUUUGCUCUGUCGAAAAAUGAUUCGUAUGUAAUGUCUGCAUCAGGAGGAAAGAUAUCCUUGUUCAACAUGAUGACUUUUAAGACGAUGACAACUUUCAUGCCUCCACCACCUGCUGCUACCUUUCUUGCUUUCCAUCCUCAGGACAACAAUAUUAUUGCUAUUGGCAUGGAUGAUUCCUCCAUUCAGAUAUACAAUGUCCGUGUUGAUGAGGUUAAAAGUAAACUCAAAGGUCAUACAAAAAGGAUAACUGGUCUUGCUUUCUCCCACGUAUUGAAUGUUCUUGUUUCAUCCGGUGCGGAUGCUCAGAUUUGUGUGUGGAAUACUGAUGGAUGGGAAAAACAGAAGACCAGAUUCUUGCAGCUACCUCCCGGGAGGACUCCAUCAGCACAGUCAGAUACUCGUGUACAGUUUCAUCAGGAUCAGAUACAGUUCUUGGUUGUACACGAAACUCAGCUUGCCAUUUUUGAAGCAACUAAGCUAGAUUGUCUAAAGCAGUGGGCUCCAAGGGAUUCUUCUGCACCAAUAUCACAUGCAACAUUUUCGUGCGACAGCCAGCUGAUAUAUGCAAGCUUUUUAGAUGCGACUGUCUGUGUAUUUAAUGCUUCAAAUCUCAGAUUACGGUGUCGUAUCAAUCCUUCUGCUUAUCUUCCUGCAAGUGUCAGCAAUUCAAAUGUACAACCACUAGUAAUUGCAGCACAUCCACAAGAACCAAAUCAGUUUGCUGUAGGACUAUCUGAUGGUGGAGUUCAUGUGUUUGAGCCACUCGAAUCAGAAGGCAAAUGGGGAGUGCCACCUCCGGUUGAAAACGGAUCAGCUAGCAAUAAUGUAGCAGUAGCUACUUCAGUUGGACUUUCUUCAGAUCAAGCACAAAGAUGAUAUUAUGAUGAAUUGAAUCCAUUUUCAGCCAAUAGACAAGUUUCUUUUACAUACUUGACUGGUUGGUCAUUUUCAAGAACUCAAUUUAAUCAGUACUUUAGUUUAUGCAGUUGGAUUUUAUCCAAAUUAGUUGAUCCAUUACUCUUUAUUUAUGUUCUAAUGAAGCAUAAUCAUGUCAAAUGCUGGAACAACUUAUUUGGUUGAAACCAAAACAACCUUGUGAUCUGCCGAUAGAUGCGAUUUUUAUCUUUUAAAGUUUAAUUUAAUGCUUCAGAUGUAGAAAUUUGUUUGACUAUGUUUAAGAUGUUUCAUUAGAUUGGUUUAAUCCUACCUUAUUGCCUUUUAUUAGCUCUA